GAGAACACAAGUAAGAACACCGAGGCGCAGUGAGUACACAAGUAAGACGCACUCAAGCUAACACUAAUAAUGGAAAAUGGAAACCAAGCACCGAACGUGAGGAAGACACGUGGCUGUUGGCCUCAGGCUAAAGUCGGCAAGAUUGUCUCAUCCGUGCUCUUCUGGACAUCAUUUUUGUUGGUCACCGCCGGGAUCGGCUACGUCGUGAUUCGUUUCUCCAUGUCAUCAGGCCCAAUUUCAACUGAAGCAGAUAACACUACCUUCGUCACGUCCGACUACGGCACCAACACGUCAGAUCGACCGGAAAUGCCUCUAAACUUUUCCAUGGACGACACUACACCUUUCCUAAACCUUUCCCAAGACGACUCUAAACAAAUCCUAAACCUUCCUUCCCAGGACGUCUCUAAAAAAUUAGUAAUCAUUCCCCAGGACGUUUCUAAACGUUUCCUAUACGAUUCCUCAACUCCAACUCUAGACGAAGAUAUCGAGGAUCUCGAAAGUAGUGACGACAGCAGUAGCAGCUCGGAGGAAGAUGACGGAAGGUGGUCGUGAGUUCAGAAACUUAAUGUUUUGUGCAACUCUUCAAGUCUCUUGCUAAACAGUUAGAGAGGUUGUUCGGUUUUGAUACCUGAAAAUCGUCAUCGGCACGAAGCUUUUUAUUUUUACUAUUUUUUUAAGGUAAAAUAUAAAUUUACUUGGAUACAUUCAUUGUUUGUACCGAUAAUAUGUUCACGUUUUCAACAAAUAUUUGUCGGUAAAAUGAAGAAAGUUUUAUAAGUUACAGUGACUUCUAUAAUUUUUGGUGUCAAUAGGAACCUUUAAUUUAUAGAAACCCUUUUAUUUUCCCUAAUAUUGAAAUGAAGAUUAUAAAAUUCUUAUCAUCAAAUGAUUGUAGGUUACCACCAUGUGAUCCUGUUCUCGUUCAUAAACCAGUCGGACUGCGAAAAUAAAAAA